AUGGCUGAUUUGAGUGCCAGUGACAUUUUGAAUUUUAUCUUGAUCGGUGUUGGUAUCGGAACAAUGAUAUCAAUGCUCAUUAUUGUACACAUGUGCAAAGCUAUCAGAAGUCAUGAUUACGCUGAUGUUGUGCUAAAUUAUUAUCCGAUAGGAAUAUCGAAGGAUACAACACUAUUAACUGCAACUGAUGCUUCGGAUUCAGACAUCAGCAAAGAUAAGCAAAAAGUUGGGGGAUUUACUUCUGGAAAUUAA